UUGUGUUUAUUUGUUUAAUAUUUUGUUCGUCAUCAUAUGAAAAGAGAAAUGAAAAGCUGCAUAAAGUACGCAGCCGUUUUUUGUUCGAGCGAACAUGAUGACAGAUGACCGAAAUGACAUGAGCUGACAAGAAAAGGGGAAGGAAAAAGCAGCCUACUGUAAACAAAACACUUUAUCGAUCUGAUUUUAAACGAGAAAAUCGUUCUCACAGCAUCAAAAUGGGUAAAAAACAGCAUCAGAAGGAUAAAAUGUACCUCACGUACACCGAGUGGUCGGAAUUUUACGGAGGUCACAAACGAGACUCGGUAGAGAAUGAACAGAUUAAGUUUAAGCGGCUUCCCUUUGAUCACUGUUGCCUUUCGAUGGUACCCUUCGAACAUCCGUACUCUGACAACGAUGGCAACGUGUUUGAGCUUGCUGCUAUCAUUGAAUUUUUGAAGAAAUUCAAGGUAAACCCCGUCACGGGUGCACCGUUGGAUGGCAAAUCUUUGAUCAAGCUCAACUUCACCAAGAACCAUGAAGGGCAGUACCAUUGCCCGACCCUGUUCAAACCCUUCACCAAGAACUCACACAUUGUGGCCAACGGCAAGACAGGUAAUGUGUUUUCGUGGGAAGCGAUUGAGCAGCUGAACGUGAAGGCAAAAAACUGGAAGGAUCUGCUGGACGAUACACCGUUUAUGCGGAAGGAUCUGAUCACCAUUCAGGAUCCGGCCAACUUGGACAAGUUUAACAUCACCGGUUUUCACCACAUCAAAAAGAAUCUACGCGUUCCAACAGAAGAAGAGCUAGCCGAACGAAAAGAUCCACAAGGGCGAUUGAAAACGAUUUCCGCCGAAACGAAAGACAUUCUAACGCAGCUCGAAAAGGAUUACAAAGCACCAGAAACGCAGACGGAAGAGCGACAGGUAGCGGAUAAGUUCAAUGCGGCCCAUUAUUCUACUGGCGCUGUGGCGGCCGCCUUCACCUCUACCGCUAUGGUGCCAGUAUCGAAUCACGAAGCGGCCAUCAUCGACGACGAUAUCGUGCGGUACGAGCGUGUCAAGAAGAAGGGUUACGUCCGACUGCUGACCAACUUCGGUGCGCUGAAUCUGGAGCUGUACUGUGAGCAGGUGCCGAAGACGUGUGAAAACUUUCUCAAACACUGCCACAGCGGGUACUACAAUGGAUGUUUGUUCCAUCGGUCCAUCCGUAAUUUUAUGCUCCAGGGCGGUGAUCCAACUGGUGUUGGUAACGGAGGUACAUCGGCAUGGGGCAAAAAGUUUGCGGAUGAGAUUAAACCGAAUCUAUCGCAUGCCGGACGGGGCAUAUUGUCCAUGGCCAAUUCGGGGCCGAACACAAAUGGAUCACAAUUCUUCAUCACGUACCGAUCCUGUAAACAUCUCGAUGGGAAACAUACCAUAUUCGGCAAGUUGGUUGGUGGUCUAGAAAUACUAACCGAGAUGGAACGUGUGGAGGUGGACAACCGUGACCGUCCGAUAGAAAACAUAUUCAUCCAGCGGGCACAAGUAUUCGUCGAUCCCUUCCAGGAAGUGGACGAACAACUUGCCAAGGAACGUGCUGAAGAUCUGGAACGCAUUCAACUGGAAGCGGAAGCCAAACGGAACAAAACAGCAGGCAAAAAGGGUUCUCAGCCGCUGAAAGUGUUCAGGUCUGGUGUGGGCAAGUAUCUGGACACGAACGUUACCAAGAUUCUGCCCGUUUCUACUGGUGAAACACCCGGAACGAGUGGUGGACCGGAAGCCUCUAAAGCAAAAAAGCGGAAAGUAACUGAUGGAGGUGAUGGUUUCAAUAAUUUUAGUUCAUGGUAAAUUUAGCUACAGUCCAAGGAAUACACUGUAUAAAAUCUAUCUGUUUAUUACUACAA